UUUUGGAACAUAACUUGCAUGUGACGGCGACAACGUACAAAUGAACUCAGAAUGCGAUACGUCGAUCAUGUAGCCUGCUACUCUGACAUUGAUUUGAUUGCCCACUCGUGGUAAUCACUGAGUGACCAUGGCUCGUGAAUUUCCUGCAGACGUGGUGAAGACCACCGACAAGUUCUCGGCAGAGUUGAGACAGUCCGACUGUAUCAACGUUGACGAUAUUGCGCGACUUUGGAAAGCCUACGCCACACAGAGUGCUGUUGUGCGAGAUGUCGUGGUGUCUCGAUUGGAGAAUCUCUUCUGGAGGAUAUGGGGAAACGUUGAUGUCCAGCAGAACCUGUCUGGCGGCGUGUUGGCUACUUUGUUUAUGACCAUUCAUGAAGAUUCUUCUCUUCGCAUAACCGACUACCCUCCUCCUUUAAAAGCUUCUACCAUCACAUCUUCCAACGGUAUUACCGGAUCUCAGCAAGGACGCAACGAUUCACCUCCAAAGAACGAAAGCAAAACUCCACUUCCACCUAUCCUCAAGAAAUCUACCGAAGGAACAAAGAGUGUACCUCCAAGCGAGCCGUCGUCUCAUAAGACGACAAGGAUACUUAUUCCUGAGAAACCCAGCGAGAAGCCAACCCAAAAGGCGACGAAAGGUGCCGAGACUGGAAAGGGAAACAAGUCAACAGCAGCCAGUUCGACAUCUGCAGCCCAAAAGCCAAUCCGCAAGAGACCAACUUUCGUGGCAAACAGAGCAGCAUCCUCGAGAAAGAGAGGCGUGCUUAUCCGGCGGAAAUCAUCGCAAACGUCUCCCGUUACUUCUCCAACCGUUGAAGAAACGGAAGAUAUUUUGCAAGAGCAGAUACAAGCGCAAGAAGAGGAGAAAGCAGAAGAGCAAGCGAAGGAGCAAUCGAAAGAAGCCUCUGCUCCUUCUAGCCCUGCCAAAGAGACAGAAAUCUCGUGGCGUUCGAUGCCGUAUUUGAAAAAGUUUGACGAAGACAGCAGGAAUGCACCAACAGAACGGGAACCGGGCACGGCAAGCACAAGUCCUCCUCCAACAAGCUUUUCAGUCAGUAGCGUUCAUCACCACCGCAGCCCAGAAGAACAUUUUCGAGCUGCCAACCAGGAAAAAGCGCAGAAUAGUGUCGUUUCCGACAAAUCACUUGUUGAGCAGGACUUUCGAACGAAUUUUGUUCAAAGACAGCGGCAGGGAUCCGCAUUUACCACUAAAAACAACAGCGCGGCGUCUUCUCUUACGACGCGACUCAGCUCAACGAACUUUCGGGAAAUGCUUAAUGCCGCACAAGCCGCUGCUGCGUUGCAAAAGAGUGACAGUCGUGGUGCAACCCGAAGCCUGUCACCAGGGCCACAAUAUGUCCUCCUUCCAAAACACGACGGUCCCAUCAGUUCUUCGACGAUGAUGACCUCCCCGACGCGAAAAUCGGAUGUUAGAGACCGAAGUCGACGACCUAUCAUUAUCAAUACAUCAUCGUCCAAGGCACAGGAACAACGCUCUGAUGAUAAAGAGCCUGUUUCUAAUUACCCAUCGGCAGUAGCAGUGUCGGAAUCUGUGAUAUCGACGUCACAACAAACAACAACCGGUGUUUUUUCAGUACCGAAAGAGGCUCAGGAACUUCUGGGAGAACAAUUGACUAAUCUGAUUAAGGGGAAGGGGGGUAAAAGAUGGUAAGACGAAACGGAGUUAACAGAUAUGCUUUUAGAAGUUUACUUCUCCAUGUGCAGUACUGGCAGUGUUAGGGGCAGCUUUAGAUGGCAAGUGGGCGUUUGACAUUUCGUGCAUAGACCUAAGAUAGCAUGCUUACUACACUUGCAGUAGAUGAAUAAAGUCAUGAAUUGAGUC